AUGGGGGUAAUCCGAUGCGAAGAAGAGGAAGAGAAUGUCGUAUCCAUGAUAAUGCCAUCGUCAUUCUGCUCAUCUUUAUGCAAUUUUGCUUGUAUCUCUCGGACGAGGAAGGUUAUGCUCGGAAUUUCAAUGACCCCAGCUUUGUACGAGGAAGGGGUGAUAGUUAUGAUAACCUCGAUGGUGAUUGAACUAUUUGAUGAGGAGCCCGCCGGCGAUAUCGAGAUGGAAAUUGUUGAACCCAUGGUGAUCGACCUUAUGGUCAAGGAGAUGUCGGCAAUCAAAGUCACGGGAGGGAACGCAACGCUGGUCACGAUUGAAUUGCCACCUUGGGAGAAAGAUGGAGUGAUAAUGCUUGAGUAUCCUCCCAAGUUCGAUCCCAAAGCUGUACCUUGGGAUUAUGAAACAAAUGAGGUAGACGCUGUCACACCGUCGGGCCGCUGUUACGCACCUGAUAAAGCAGUAGAAAAGAAGGCCGUAACCGAGGAGGAGGCAAAGCAAUUCUUGGCCGUAGUAAAGUCCAGUGAGUUCAACGUGGUGGAUCAAUUGCGGAAGUUGCCGGCUCAAAUCUCUCUCCUGGAAUUAUUCAAAUCUUCCAAGAAGCAUAGGGACAUCUUGCUGAAAGUCCUUAAUAAGGUGCAUGUGCUAGUUUCAAUUGAUGAAGUCCAAUUGGAAGAGUUCGUUGGGGCCGUUCUAUUGAAAGACCAAAUUUCCUUUACUGAUGAGGAUCUUCCCCUCGAUGGUUCUAAUCAUACCAAAGUGCUACACAUCUCGGUGAAGCAUGAGAGCACUCUUGUUUGUAGAUUAUUGAUCGAUAAUGGUUCCACACUCAAUAUAUGCCUGUUGGCCACUCUCCACCGUCUUGGCGUUGAUCUUGGGAGAAUCCGUACCAGCAAGUUGAUUGUACGAGCUUUUGACGGGAUGAAGAAAGAGGUGAUAGGGGAAAUUGAACUUGAGCUGUUGAUUGGUCCUGUACUUUUCCAAGUCAUGUUUCAGGUGUUAGAUAUACCAAACACCUUUAAUUUUCUGUUAGGGAGGCUUUGGAUUCACAUGGCGGGUGCUGUUGCCUCCAGCCUCCAUCAGAAGGUACGAUUUGUGGUGGACAACAAGCUUAUCACUGUCCAUGGAGAAUCUAACUUCAAGAUCUACCAUGAAAUGACCAUCUUCUAUGUGGAGCCUAAGUAUACCGAGGAAUCCAGCUUUCAAACUCUCGAGCUGGUAUCCAUGGUCCAUGUGCCUGUAGGGUCUUUUACAAAGGCUCUUGAAUUGUCUAAGCCGGCCAUAGCUAUGGGAAAAAUUAUACUGGCGAGCGGGUAUAAUUCUGGAGAGUGCCUUGGAUCACACGGUUAA